CAUCCAUAAAGUAGAUCCGUUUCCUUUCAAUAAGCGCCAUCUUUGUUUCUUUCGCUUGUCAGACUUGGCUGAUAAGAGCUUCACAAUGCAGUUGCACAUUCGAGGUCAAUCGACGCACGUCCUAGACGUCAAUGGCCAGGAGACCAUUGGCCAGAUCAAGGAGCAAAUCCGCGCCCUUGCUGGUGUUGACGCCGAGGAGCUGACUCUCUCGCUGUCCGGAGCGCCCCUGGAGGAUGCCUGCCUGGUGUCCGAGCUGUCCUCGGCUGAGCUGGACCUCACCAUCCCCCUGCUCGGUGGUAAAGUGCACGGAUCCCUGGCUCGUGCCGGUAAGGUAAAGGGACAGACCCCCAAGGUGGAGAAGCAGCAAAAGAAGAAGAAGAAGACCGGCCGUGCCAAGCGCAGGAUCCAAUACAACAGGAGGUUCGUGAACGUGGUCCAGACGUUCGGCCGCCGCCGCGGACCCAACUCCAACUCGUAGAUAUAAUGUUGUAAAUAAUAUGCAAAUAUAACACCUGUUUGCGCCAA